GCCUACAGUUUUACAUGUGGACAGCUUCUGCUAGCAAGCUUUGCUUAUGGGAUUCGAGAAUGGCGCUGGCUGCAGUUCAUUGUUUCUGCCCCAUACUAUGUCUUCUUCUUGACUUCAUGGUUUGUGCCAGAAUCGGCUCGUUGGCUUAUUGUGAAAGGCCGCUCAAUUCAUGCUCUCAGAAAUCUUCAGAGAGUAGCCUGGAUAAAUGGGAAAAAAGAAGAGGGUGAAAAACUUACAGAGAAGGCCUUAAUCGCUCACAUGCAAUCUGAGUUAUCUAGCAUAAAGCAAUCUCAUUCCCUUCUGGAUCUUUUCCGCACUCCUGGAAUGCGCCAGAUCACAAUCUUUCUUAUGCUGGUUUGGUUCUCCACUAGUUUUGCAUUUUAUGGCCUUGGCAUGGACCUGCAGAAUUUUGGGAUCAGCAUUUUCUUGUUGCAGUUUGUCUUUGGCAGCAUUGAUUUACCAGCUAAACUGGGAGGAGCCAUUCUGAUGAGCUGUAUAGGGCGCAGAGUGACACAAUCAGGGUCCCUGAUUCUUGCUGGAGUUGCCUUGCUUUGUAAUGCUUUUCUUCCUCAAGAUAUGAGAAUUGUUCGAAUAGUGUUGGCUGUUUUCGGUAAAGGCUGUCUGGCCUCCUCAUUUUGCUGUGCUUACCUGUAUUCUAGUGAGCUCUUCCCAACUGUUAUCAGACAGAGUGGAAUGGGGGUUGUUGCUAUGAAAGCCCGCAUGGGCUCCAUGGUUGCUCCAUUGGUUUUGAUGUUAUCAGAGAUUUCUCCUAUCUUUCCUCCAGCAACAUAUGGAGUGGCAGCAAUAAUAUCCGGGAUUGUAGCUGUGUUUUUGAGUGAAACUUGUAAUCUGCAGUUGCCAGAUACAAUAGAAGAAGUUGAAGCCAGGUAG